UGCAACCCCCACCCGGGUUGUGCAUUUCCCCUUCUUUCCAGCCGUGCAUCCCACCGGCAGGAGCAAUUCCCUCUUUUCCAGCCGUGCAAUCCACUUCCCUGGGCCGUGUAUCCCUUUCCAGACGUGCAUCCCCCCCCGGGCCAUGCAUCUUCCCCCCCCAAGCUGUGCAUUCUUCCCUUUCCAGCCAUACAACACCCCGCCGUCCUCCCCCCACCGCGAGCUGUACAUCUGCCCCUGGGACUUCGCAUUCCCGCUUUUCCAGCCGUGCACCCCCGCCCUGGGCCGUGAAACCCUCCCCGGGGUGUCACCACGCCACCCCCGUGGGGUCCAGCACCAUGUUUGGUUCCUCCCGAGGAGGGGUCCGGGGGGGUCAGGACCAGUUCAGCUGGGAGGAUGUCAAGAUGGACAAACAACGUGAAAACUACCUGGGGAACUCCUUGAUGGCACCGGUGGGCCGGUGGCAGAAGGGAAAGGACCUGACCUGGUAUGCAAAGGGCAAGAAGGAGACAACUCCCGCGCUAUCCCGUGAGGAAGAGCUGGCCGCCGUCCGCCUGGCCGAGCAGGAGGCUAUGAUGGCAGCCCUGGGCUACAAGAACGUGAAGAGGCAGCCCACCGCCCUCAGCAAGGAGGACUUGGCGGAGGUGUGCAAGCGGGAUGGUGCUGAGCGGGAUGAGAAGAACGUGGACCGAGUGGUGGGCUUGGGCAGCUCCAGUGGCAGUGCUGGCCGGGUGAUGCUCUCCAAGGAGGACAAGGAGGCAGCCAAGUUGGGGCUCUCCAUCUUUACGCACCAGAAGGUUGCCAGCAGCCCUGAGACAUCUGGCUCCAAGAAGAAGCAGGAGAAGGAGGAGAAGGUGGAGGAGAAACGACCAGAGAGCAGCAAGAAAUCCAGAAAGGAGAAGAAGAAAAAGAAAAAGAAGAAACACAAGAAGGAGAAGAAGAAGGACAAGCAUCACAAGAAGGAUGCUGCCUCGUCAUCCUCUGAUUCUUCUCCGGAGCGGGAUGAGAGGCACCACCGAAGGAAAGCCCAGCAGCGCCCUGAGACAUCACGGCAUAGCGCCCGGCGUCGGCACGACACGGAUUCCUCUGCUGGCAGCCGGGAUUCGGGCAGGAGCCCCAUGCGCCAUCCUGCCCGUCGGCGGAGUCACAGCAGGGACAGCCACGGUCGGCACUCGUCCCCACGGCGCAAGGGGAGGAAGAGGAGCAGGAGCAGAUCUCCUCCAUCCCGUGGGGUCAGGCAGCGCCACGACACUGAUUCGGGUGACUGAGAGGGGAAUUUUUCCAGGGAGAUCUGACAUAGUCUAUAUAUUUUUUAAGGAAAUUAAAUUAAAAAUGCUGUAGCUCUGUGGUUUCUGGGGCCGAGUCUAGGAAGGGGCUGAGUGUUUUGCGAUGCCAGCUGCCCCUUCCCUGCCCGCAGCUCCUGCCUUCAAUCCAGGGCAACUCUUUCCACUGUGGAUCCCAGCUGCCCUUCUCCUCACUGCCUGGAUCCAUCCAUCCAAGCGUGAUUUAGCACGGAGGAGGCUGUGAGGUGGGUGCUGGUGCUGGGACGGUUCCAGCUGCUGUGCUGGGAAUGCUGUGGACAUCUCGUGUAGAGAGACUUUGGGUGCAGCUGUGAUUAUUAUAGUUUUUAAUGUCUUCUUCCAAUGCCCUCGAGUAACGGCCAGCGGAGCGGCUAGAUCUCUGCCAGGAGGGUUGUGCAUCUUGCACCCAAUGGCUUUAUGAUGAUCAGGCUGUGGGGUUCUCCACAGGGCCAACUCUGUUAUUCAUGGGGCGAUGGGUGCUCUCCAUGGGGUGACCGGUGCUUUCCAUGUAGUGGUGAGUGCUUUUCACGGGGUCAUGAGUGCUCUUCAUAGAUGAUAAGUGCUCCCCAAGGGGUGGUGAAUGCUCUUCAUGGGGUGACGGGUGCUCCCCAUGUCACAAGGAUGUUCCCCAUGGGAUGAUGAUGCUCUCUGUGGGACAGCGGAUGCGCUUCGUGGGGCAGUGGGUGCUCUUCAUGCAGUGCUGGUUGCUUUCCGUAGGGUGAUUGGUACUCCUCGUGGGGCAGUGGGUGCUCUCCGUGGGGCAAGGGUGCUCCUCAUACCCUCAGGGGUGCUUUUUAUGGGAUGAAAGGUGCUUCAUAUGGGUUGGUUGGUGCUCUCUGUGAGGUGGUGGAUGCUCCCCAUGAGGUGAUGGGUACUAUGGGCAUAACAUAGCUCACUACAGGGAUGUCCGUGCCAUAGGAUCCCUAGGCAGUAUCCAUUCAUGUAUCCUACAUGGUUUGGAGCAGCCCAUUCCCUGGGGAUGAAUGCUUUCCCAACCCAAGUUUGGGGAAAAUCUGGGGCUUUGUGACUGAGGCAGCUAUGGGCAGGGAUGAUGGAUGUUCCUUUUGGUUGAGAAACGAUCUCUUUGGAUUUUAAAAAGGAAACUGCCCUACUUAGGGGCUGCAAGGAGAACCUCUGAAAUAAUUCCUUGGAUGAUGGAGGGAAGAUGGAUGGGGCUGAGGCAUCACCCGCACAAUUUGCCCUGGUUGUGUCCACGCCACAGUGGGGCAGCUCUGUUUCCAUACAGGAUUUCAAACCUGAAACCAGAAAUCAUAGAAUCAUUAAGGUUGGAAAAGACCUCUAAAAUCAAGUCCAACCACCAGCCCAACACCACUGUGCCUACAAAAUCAUGUCAAGAGUGCCACAUCUACAAAACUUUUGAACACCUCCAGCAAUGGUGACUCCACCACUGCCUUGGGCAGCCUCUUCCAGUGCUUCACCACUCUCAGGGAAGAAGUUGUUCCUAAUACCCAAUCUAAACCUCCCCUCUCACUACUUAAGGCCAUUUUGUCUCAUCCUAGCACUUAUUCCUUGGGAGAAGAGACCAGCACCAACCUCGCUACAACCUUCCUUCAGGAAGGUCUCCCCUCAGCCACCUCUUCCACAGGCUAAACGACGUCAGUUCCCUCAGCCGCUCCCAUAACCUCGUUCUCCAGCCCCUUCCUCAGCCCCAUUCCCCUGCUUCGGAUGUGCUCCAGCCCCUCAGUGUCCUU